AUGUCGGACGCAGCAUCGCGGUUGUGGAAUCUGCUCGGCCACCUGCGCUCCUUUACCGGCUCAGAGUCGCCCGUCGGCUACGAGCACAGCAACCACCUCCACAACCUCUCGCCCACCUUCUUCCUCGAGCGCGCCGCCGCCAUCGAGCCCGACGCCAAGGCCAUACACCACGUCACUGCCAACGGCAAGACCCUCACCCGAUCCUAUGCCGACUUUGCCCAGCGCGCCAGGGGCCUUGCCUACUACCUCGUCAAGCACCGCCUCAAGCGCGUCGGCAUCCUUGCCACAAACACCCCCGCCUUCCUCGAGUCCAUCUUCGGCAUCAUCGCCGCGGGCGGCGUCGUCGUGCCGGUUAACUAUCGCCUCAAGCCCGAUGAUGUCACCUACAUCUUCGACUUUGCCCAGGUAGACUCCAUCAUUGUCGAUGCCGAGUACCUCUCCUUGCUCGACGACUUUAGGAAGAGCCACCCCAACGUGCGCCUCGUCGUUGAUCUGGUAAGAAUGGCUCCCAGGCUCGCUCGAAAGGACACGGAGAUCAAAGAAGGACCAGAGUGUGGGGAGUUUGACCAGGCAGUCCUUGAGGGCCUCGACUACGAGCAGGCCCAGUCUGCAAAAGGCUGGGAUGCCUUGCCCAAGCCCACGAGCGAGGACGACAUGCUCGCGAUCCCCUUCACAUCUGGCACGACAUCAAGGCCAAAGGGCUGCGUCUAUACACACAGAGGAGCCUAUCUGGCUGCCGUGGCCAAUGUUGUCGAGUCUGGCCUGAGCUAUCACAAGGACCGCUGCAGAUAUCUCUGGACUUUGCCCAUGUUCCACGCCAUGGGUUGGACUUUCCCGUGGUCCGUUACUGCCGUCCGAGGCACACAUUACUGCCUGCGCAAGAUUGACUACCCUCUCAUCUGGAAAUUGCUCAAGGAGGAGAAAAUAACACAUUUCAACGCCGCCCCUACGGUCAACACUCUCUUGUGCGCAGCAAAGGAAGCCGAGCGGCUCUCCGAGCCAGUUCGAGUCACUGUUGCCGCAAGCCCCCCGACCGCACAUCUCUUCCGUCAAAUGUCCGAACUCAAUCUCCAGCCUGUGCAUGUCUAUGGCUUGACCGAGACAUACGGCCCCAUCACCAAGGGCUAUCACCUGCCAAUCUGGGAGGAGGUAUCUGAACAAGAGCGGUUCGCCCGGAUGGCCCGCCAGGGCCACGGCUUCCUCACGAGCCUGCCGAUCCGCGUCAUCAAACCAGACCAGCCCGAGGGCGUGCUGAUCGACGUUGCAAAGGAUGGCAAGGAGGUGGGCGAGAUUGUGUUUUCUGGCAACAUUUGCGCGAAGGGAUACUACAAGGACCCCGAGGCGACGCGGAAGCUCUUCGAGGGGGGCGUUCUGCAUUCUGGCGACCUCGCCGUGUGGCAUCCCGACGGGAGCGCACAAAUCCAGGACAGGUCGAAGGACAUCAUCAUUAGCGGCGGCGAGAACAUAUCCUCCGUGGCUCUGGAGAGCAUGCUCGUCCAACACCCGGACGUGCUUGAGGCCGGCGUCAUCGCUGUCCCGGACGAGCAAUGGGGCGAGACGCCCAAGGCGUACCUCACGGUCAAGGAAGGCCGGACGCUCGAGCCCCAGGCCAUGAUCCAGUGGGCCAAGAGCCAGAGCGCCAUUUCCAAGUUCAUGGUGCCUCGCGAGGUCGAGGUCGUGGACGAGCUGCCCAAGACCUCGACGGGCAAGAUCCAGAAGAACGUGCUCAGGGAGUGGGCCAAGCAGGGCAAGAAGAGCGCCUGA